UCAAUACAGUUGUGCAAUGUUGACAGCUGAUCGAAUUGAACUAGUGUUACGCCCCAACUAUUUGCUGUUUUUUCGUUCAUUGUGGAAACAAGUAAGGCGGCCGCACGGUUCACAAGUAAUACAGAAUAAUGCCUCAACGCAAAUCACCAGGAAGUCUGCAUAAUGUGUGUCUACAAUUCAUUGCCAAGAAUGUGACUUACUGGACUGAACACUAUGAAGAGUAUCACCUAGGGCAAGCAGUAUAUCGCUUUGUUCUUGGACCAUUCAAUCAACUUAACUCUCAACUUUCUGAAGAUCUGCUUGCAAUUCUCGUCAAGCACCAACGACUAAGCCGAUCAGCUCUCCAUCUCCUGCUGUAUGGGGGCGCACUUCGUCAAUUGGAUCUGAGCAGUUGUAACCGCAUCGUUAAUGAUGAAGUCAUUGGAAUCGUUGCGUCUUCAUGUAAGAUGCUUCAGGCAUUAGACUUGUCUUACUGCAAGCGCGUUACAUCAGCAGGGUUUGUUGCCAUAGCAACCCGUCUUCCUCAACUCUCCACCUUGAAUGCCACAAAGACAAACCUCCGCGGCUCAGCUGCUCAGGGUAUAUUCAAGCAUUGCUUCGGACUGAGGGAUCUCUCGUUGAAACAUUGUCUGGUCAGUGACCAGGACGUCAUGGUACUGUGCCAGGUCGCUUCAUCAGGCCAUUCAAAGACUCAGUUGAAGCGGUUGGAUAUUUCCUAUACAUUAAUCACCGAGAAGGGAGCACGUGCAGUACUUGAAGGCAUUCCACAGUUGCAGGUGUUAGAAUACCCAAGUCUACUAACUAGCUUAUAUGAUAACCCUGAACCAGACAAUGCGGAUUCUGUCUUGCAACAUUCAAAGUGCUACAAACUACGAUCAAUACAGUGCCAGGAUUAUAUGUCGGUCUCUAAUGGCAUGCUCCAAGCUAUCCCUGACCUUUGCCCCCAGGUGACCCAGCUUGACCUCAGGUUUGCCUGCGGUUUCGACAGUGAAGGUUUAGGUCAUCUGACGCAAUUGAAAAACCUGAAAGAUCUUCAGCUUUGUUGUGAAGAGAGUGAGGAUAUCACUUUUGCCAGCGGCAUCCUGCCAGUCCUGCUGGAGAUUGGUCAGAAUUUAAAAGUUCUAUCUCUUCAAGACAUCGAUGGGCUGGAUCCAGUGGCGGUAUGUCAACUCUGCCCCAAUCUCAGGAAACUUUUUCUUCUAAUGAUGACAGAGGGGAAAGUGUUCGGUUCGGUCCCAGGAAUUCCCAACAAUAACGGUCUUCAAGCCAUGACGGGUUUAAUCCAGUUGGAUUUCUGGUGUCAGAAUGGCGACUUAUCCCUAUCGGAGGAGGCCUUGGGUCAGGUAUUGUCAAACAGUGUCGCAGUGCAGACCUUGGGACUAAUCAGAAUUGAUACGUUCACAGAUAACGUCUUGUGGGACGUUCUAAAGAAAAAUAACUUUACGAACCUCAAGCAGCUAUCAAUACAUGAAUGUCAUUGCAUCACGCAGGAAACACUGUCUGAGCUACUUCUCAGCUCUGGUAACCAGUUGGAGUUUGUCAAACUUAUCAACUGCGUUCAGAUUUCUCGUAGAGACUACGAGACGUGGGAAAGGAUUGCCAAGAGAGAAAAUUUCAACUUGAAGUUAGAAUGGACAUGAUAGAAGUAGCUGAACAAAAUGGGUUUGUCCAAACAUGUCCAAAGAGAACGUGCAAACUUUAAUAUCAGCCUUUGUUAAUUGAUUGCUUUCUGAACGCCUAUGCACCUGUAGAGCCCAAACUUGCUGAAGUAAUUGUGGAGUUUAUCCGUCUUUUUUCAUGGUAAAAAGACAAUGGCCAAAGCAAAGAAAAGUAAGAAAUAAUGCCAGCCGGAGCACAGAGGAUCAUCCAAAAGAUUUCAACAUAAAUAUAAAAUAAUGAUAAAAACUUAAAGCAAAAUAUAUAAAAUGAGGCUUAAAUUUGCAGUGCCCGGUACAAGGCAGUAGGGGCUUGAUUGCCUAAUACCCACUUCACAGGCAAGUUGCCCCCUUCACGGGCGUGUCGCCCCCUUCACGGGCGUGUCACCCCCUUCACGGGCGUGUCGUCUCUUCACGGGCGUGUCGCCUGCUUUGCAGACGAUCCCUAAACCUAAACUGAACCGUUUAUGCACUCCUUUUUGUUUCGCACGUUAUUUAUUAACUUGUUUCACACAGACCUGGAGUAUUUUACUGACUUACAUGUAAAGAUUUUCAUAAAUUCAUGAGCAUUUUGACCCUAUUAUCUUUUGUGAAAGCUAACAAUUCACUUAUAUUUUAUUGCAAUCAUGCACUAGAAUGUUUGUGUUUUACACUGCACUUUAAUUAAUUUGAGUAAAUUUAGGAAUAAUUUUUUAAUUGUAUAUUGAAAUGGGGUUUUCGUUCGGGGAAAUUUCCAGCUUUUUUUUUGGGGGGGGUGUUUU